UACAUUAAUAAUGUAAACAAGUUCCACAUUAUAAUGUCCUUAAAGUAUACGUUCACCAAAAUAUCCCACAGACCACAUCAUCAAGCAACAAACCAGCAUCCAAAUCAAAGAGAAAAGGGAAAGUUGCAAAAAAGAGCAAAAUCCAAAUCCAUUGAAAUCACAGUAAAUUGAAACAGCAAAAAAAUCAAGAAGAAUCCAUGGCUGAAACUAAACAAGAACCACCAUCAUCAUCAACCUCCUCUAUGUUUCUCUUAAAACUUAUGAGCAAAAGAAGCACAUGGGUCUUCCUCUUUAUAACAGUCUACACAAUUUUACUAUCACUUUCUUGGAAUUUCCUCAAAUCAGUUCUUUCUUUUUAUGAAUCAACCAUGAAAUUAAACUCCACUUCAGCUUCCUCAGCUUUAUAUGCAUCUCUGGUAUUAGGACUUGCUUUUGGAGUUUUGUCUAUUGUAGCAGCUUUAAUUGUUGUUGUUCCAGCUACACUUGUUACUUGGAUUAGUAUAUUGGUUUUGUUAACAUUUGCAGGAAAAGGGAGAACGGAUUUGGUUAUGGAAGGGAAGAAAUUGACUGGUGAGAUUAGUGGAUUUGUUGUUAGAGUUUUGAUCAGAGAAGGGAAUCUUGUUGCUGCUAUUUGUGCUGUUCUUGCGUAUUUUGCACUUGUUAGAAAGAAUAAAGAGGAGGGUAUUGAUUAUUGAGUUGAAUAAUUGUUUGCAAGAUUUUCAUUCAAUUCAUCGAGCGGCAGGUAGAAUUUUUGCAGAUGAUUGGUAUUGUAAGUAGCAAAGUGGUCUUGCUGUCAUGAUCCAGUGAGAUUUAACUCUUUGUCGCUCUGAUUUGUAAAAAGAAAGAAAAAAAAUCAUUCAAUUCUCUCUUUGUAUGCUAUGAUCUCGAUAUUGACUUUUCUGUACGACACUAACAGUUUAGUCAAGUGUACGGAGAGGGGCUUUGAUUGACUGAAAAUAAUCACAUGAAAGUCGAUUGUUUUGCUUUACAUCUCCCUGUCAAGACAUCUGAGGACCGCGCGGCGUGAUUAUGGGAGAUAUGGGAUUGGUUCAUUCGAAAAUCAGAAAAUGGGAAAGUUUCAGUCUUUGAGCAAAUGGGAAAUUCCUUUAUCUCCUUAAUUAUGAUAAGCUGUUAGAUUAGUUUAAGGGUGUAUGUAAGCAUAAUUAGUUAGAACUGGUAAGUUUGUCUAACAGUAGAAAUCAUAAAUGUUUCUGCAAUGUAUGAUGUAUGUGAUAUAUAAAAUGUAUUUUAUUGUGAUGUUC